AAAAAUAUUUUCAUAUAAAAAUAUAUGUUAAAUAAAAAGUAAAACUGCCACUCAUAAUGAAUGCUUUCUCAUUCCUUGUAGAUUGAUGCAGACACAUUUUAUGUCAGAGCAAACUGUCAUGCAUCAAUGAAGAAACAGCAGUAUCAAGUGUUUGUAUGCAUGUCUGCCACAGAUUCUUCCACCAUACAACAUGGGUAUUGUCAGUGUCCUAUAGGGUUAGCCCAGACUUGCAGUCAUAUAGGUAGUGUACUUUUUGCGUUGACCUAUACAAAACCACUGGAGAAGAGCUGCACAUCAAUACCCUGCACAUGGAAUGUUCCUGGUCGUGCAGUUAAGCCCAUAGGACCGAUGAGUUCCUUGCCACAAAGGAAACCAAAACUACCUGUUACAGCAACAAAGCAGGUAGCCACAUCACAUCCGGACACAUAUGAUCCUCGUCACACUUGUGAUAAAGUUUUUAAUACUCAAGAAUCUCUUCACCAUCUAAGAAAUCUGAAGGAUGUUUUUCCCAAUACAGGAAUGUCCCAUUUGUGGAAUAUUGGUGACCAUGUUCCAGAGGCCAUUCAGGAAGAGGAGAUAGAGGCUGUGGAAAAUCCAAUGUUUAUAAAGAUGAAAAACAUGAUCUACUCUAACAGCAACUUACCCCAACUUUCAAUUGACCAGGACCUGGUAGAGUAUAUUGAAAUUAAUACGCGUAGUCAGAGAUCUUCAGACAUGUGGCAGAAGCUCCAUAUUGGGCGGCUGACUAGCUCUAUCUUUGGAGACGUUCUACAUGCUGGGCCCCAACCAAACUCUCUUGUUAAACAAAUUGUAGAAGGGUCAAAUCUUAAUAGGUACACCGUUCUACCUCCAGCUGUUCAGUGGGGAAUAGAAAAGGAGCCACAGGCAAGAAAAGACUAUAUAGACCUACAGUCUUCUCUCAGCAGUCAGAUAGGAGUUGAGGAUACAGGCCUUACUCUGUGUGCUACUCAUGCCUACCUGGGUGCCUCUAGUGAUGGGAGGUUUGUUGAUGGUGACAAUAUGGGUAUACUAUAG